AUGUGGUUUCCGCAAGUUAUAUCCAUAGUACUAUUAUUUCUUCCCUUCGGUUCAGGGCAAGACCCAGUCCGUCCGUACCCGCUAGCAGAUGAAUAUUUGCCAACGACUCCCAUCCUCGACCACCAAUCAUACAUAUCUUCUUUCGCCGACCCGCAAUGGUACCUCGACAACAUCCCGUUCGUUGACUUUCCCGAUCAGAGCAUUCGGGAUGUGUAUUACUAUCGAACUUCAGUGCUCAAAAGACAUCUCAAAUAUUCCCACGAAGGACACGGCUGGCUCUUCACUGAGUUUAUACAUCCAGUAUCAUGGGCAAGCAAGCUUCAAACUAUCCCAGACUCUGCCGCUCAUCAGAUCCUUGAAGGUCGAUGGCUCAGAGAUCUGAGCUAUACGAAAGAUAUCGUCAAUUUGUACAUGCGUGCCGGGAUUGAAGCACUUGGAGGAAUAUCAUAUACACACUACAUUCAUCGUGCAAUCUUGGAGCACGCAUGGGCCACUGGUGAUGUCGACUUCCUCGUUUCUCAGCUGCCUGGCAUGAUCCAGACUUUCAAUCUUUGGAAUGUUACGCAGAACAAUGUCACAGGACUGUAUCAUCGGACACCACUUUCCGAUGCUCAAGAGUAUUCCCUGCCAGGAUACUGGACAGGAGGUCCAAACGGAGGAAUGGUAGAAACCUGGAAUGCAGUUGGGAAUAACUUCGCAACAAUUUGGCUGGGACCUGAAACUUACCGACCUAACUUCAAUGCUUACAUGGUUUCCGGAGCUCGUGCGAUUGCAGAGGUAGCCCACCUUGCUAAUCAGACAUCUCUUGCCCAGCAAUGGAGCGAGAGAGCCGAUACUUUGUAUACUGAUAUGAGGAACAUGUUGUGGGACGAAGAUCUGAAAUUCUGGAUUGAUGUAGUGGAAGGGACAAAUCUGAGGGUAGGGGGCAGAGAAUUGAUUGGCUACUUUCCUUACAGAUUGGAUGUGGGGACGGAUGAGGACUCAAUCAUGGGUCUCGAAGCAGGGCUAACACCGGAAGCGUUCUUGACCGAAUUUGGUCCUACCACUUUGGAGCAGACUAAUCAGUAUUAUACUGAUUUCAAGAACACUACAUAUUGCUGUAUCUGGCAAGGUCAAUCUUGGCCAUUCAGUACAUCGAUGUAUCUCGGUACUCUCGCGCGAUUGGCACGAGAGAACGUCAGCACGAUCGCCACUGCUGAAGUGUUUCAACAAGCAUUUGAGGCAUAUACAAUCACAAACUACAAAGACGGCGUCCCUUAUACUGCAGAAUGCCAUUAUCCCACAAUCGAUGAAUGGUCUGGAGACACGACAAAUCACAGUGAGAACUAUCUUCACUCGACAUAUAUCGAUAAUCUAUUCACGAAUCUCGUCGGUAUUGUCCCAACCCUGGACGAGAGGCUUGAAAUGCGACCUCUAAUACCAAGCAAUUGGACGUACUUCGCAAUUGAGAACCUUCCUUAUCAUGGAUCACUCAUUUCCAUUUUGUGGGAUGAAGCAGGAUCACACUACUCAAACUUCUCUCACCAACCAGGUCUAUCCAUAUACUCAUCAGGAACCCUCAUCCAUAAUCAACCUUCUCUCACACCCUUCAACAUCACACUCUCCAAUAGCUCAACCACAGCAAUCUCCAAACUCGCCUCCCAACCCUGCUAUUCCAAUAUCCUGUCAAACCCAAAUGCGCCAUGGGGUCUCCCAAACGUGACAGCGGACUAUACUUUCAGCAGUAAUGGCGAUAUUUCUCCCUAUGAAGCAUGGAAGAUGAUCGACGGUCUCUUAUGGUACGAUACAACUCCCGACAACAGAUGGACGAACAAUCAAUCCACAACCCCUUUCAACACUAUGUCCAUCACUCUACCUCGAGCUCGGAAAUUUGAUAGUGUUUCGCUGGGAAUUUAUGCGGAUACCGAUAGAGGAGGAGUGAUUGCUUGUCCAUCGGCGAUUUAUGUCUAUGAUCGGAGUGGGACCCUGCUCACGCAUCGAGAUCCUUGGAAUGGCUGUGUGCCUAAUGCCUUGAAUACGGUCUUACUUGGCAACGUUACUUCAUCCAAUACAUCGACAACCGCGACAGGGAUAGAGAUUGAGACGGACUUUCUGUCCAUUACGCUGGUGAAUGAGAUUCACUACGCAGUUGCAGUAAGCGAGAUUCAGAUUUGGGUCCCUGCCACCACCGGACCUAGAUACGAGGCCGAGGACGGCUUGUUAGGAACAUUCAUUGGUGGAUUUGAAGGAAAGCAAUCAGGACUUAAUUGUACUAUCGAAAAUGGAGGGGUUUUGCUCGGAGAUGGUGCUUGGGCAGAGAUUGCGGAUGUUAGAGCGUCUGACGACAGCGGCGGAAGCAAGAACUUGACAAUAAUUGGAGGUGGAAGUGGGACGUUGGCUGUUCAGAUGAAUUUUUUGACUAAUUCAACAGUAGUCUCCGGUGGUGUUCUUGCUAAUAUGACGAUCAAGGUUGAUUUCUUGGCUGGUGGGAACGUGGUUACCAUGUUUUGGGUUGAAGGGAAGCCAUGGGUGGAUGCAAUUGUGGUUGCGGGGUAA